GAGCCUUCAAGCGAAGUCCAUCAAAAUGAGCACAGCCUCCUCCCAAAAAGUUGUCCUGAAAAGUACCACCAAAGUGUCCCUAAAUGAGCGGUGAGGCGCCACGCACCCUGUCAGCAGUUAAGACACCCGAUGCAAGGGCCAGCCUUGGCUUGUGAAGGUUCUAGUGGUCCCUACGGAAGGCUACAGUUUGGGACUGGACCCGACAUGGAGGCUAUUCUGACUGUCCCCAGUGUGUGCACUGCUCACUCAACUUUGUUGGUCUUGUCAACAUUUCUUGAUGCACUUGAAGAGAUAAAUGUGAUUGUAACAUGGUGCAGAAGGGGCUGGCCCGGGCCACAUAUCUUGUGUGAGCAGUGCAAACAUAUAGACAAGGGGAGAGGGUAGUGGUCAUACUGGGUAAGCCUUGGUAAGCCUAUGCUGGACCAGACCACUGUCCUACAAAUGCCCUGGCACUCAUGCUCUCUGUUACUUAAACAGCACAGGAUACAUCAAGUGUACGCCUAUAAAGGGGAGAGUAAGGCUUAAGCUAAACCAGGACGAUGGGGCAAACCAGUGGAAGCGAAGCACCUCCUCUAUCUUCUUGUUCUGUCAUUGUUUCUCCUCAGUGCUCCAAUUCUAUAAAAGACCAGGUACUCAGUCCUAGCUUGGACGUGACAAAGAGCUCCCCUUCCCUCUCCCAUCUUUCCUUCCCUUCUCUCAGUGGUUUACCCACAAGUCACGGUCCAUGCUGUAAGUGGCUGGGUGACCUGGCAGUCCUCACGUCCAGGGCCUCUGCUGCUGCAGCAUGAUGACACCCCAGCCAGUCAGCUGGAGGCCUGUAAGUGGCAAAUUGCGCUCUUCUUCUGGCACCUUUUUUCUCUGCUUCUGUCCUUCGGUCUGUCUUUGCACUCUUCACUAACAUGCUGAAGAACAAGCAGCCCACUGCGGUAAGCAUUCGAGCCACCAUGCAACAGCAGCAUUUGGCCAGUGCCCGCAAUCGCCGGCUGGCCCAGCAGAUGGAAAACCGGCCCUCAGUGCAAGCUGCACUAAGUCACAAGCAGAGCCUGAAGCAGCGCCUGGGGAAGAGCAACAUCCAGGCCAGGCUGGGCCGGCCUGUCGGGACUCUGAUGCGUGGAGUAGCUGGAGGCAGAGGAGGAAUGCGAGGGAUGACCAGGGGUGGCCUUCGAGGUCGAGCCAGAGGAGGAGUAAUGAGGGGAGCUCUGUCCCUGAGAGGGAAGCGAGUGUCUUCUACAGGUGGUCCCAUGCGAGGUCGUGGCUCUGCUGGCCGUCUGGCAAUGCGUAGAGGAGGCCGCCAUCGUGGAGGAGCUCCUGGCAGAGGAGGAGCUCUGUCCCGAGGAGCAGCACGAGGAGGAGUAGCCAGAGGCCGUGGUGGACUGCGUGGCCGUGGUGGUUUUGCUGGUAGAGGUGGUCGUGGCCGCGGGCGGGGCCGAGGUGUUGGCCGACAAGCUGUGACCCGUGAACAACUGGACAACCAGCUGGACGCCUACAUGUCAAAGACCAAAGGUCACCUGGAUGCUGAGCUGGAUGCCUACAUGGCCCAGGCAGACCCAGACAAUAUGGAGUGAAACUGGAGGACUCUGAAGCAGACACAUGUAGAGUCACUGCAGAACUGUACAGCUGAACUCACACAGUGUAGUUUUCCACCAGAUUGACGGGCUGAGAAAUUGAGUUUGUAAUUUAGAUGAGCGUGGAGACAGUCCAGGACUCUUAGCUUUGGAACAGCGAGACCUCGAGGUUUCACUUGAAUGUGCUUCGGCCACUACUCAUUCUGCGUCAACCUGCUCCUGCAAACCCUUUUAAAUCUGGAAGAACUGUGUGAAGGGACCUUUUAGACAUUAACAAACCCUGCUGUCUAUAGAUGUCUGCUUUUUUUUAAAUUUUAUUUUAAAUGACCUUGUUAUUUUUAAAUAUCCCCUGUUUGUAAUGGUCAAUGAUCCAGAUGAUGUUUAAUCUUUUGUUGAAAACAAUUUAAAAUAACCUGUUUUCUUUUUUUACUUUUAUUUUAAAUGUGAUUAACCUUGGGGUGCUCAGACCUUUGGCGAUUAAUUCAUUGGCUUAUCUUGGAAACGUUAGCAAUGCAAACCUUUUCUAAAUUAUUUGUUAAAAGAAUGUAAGCAGAUCUUUUAAGCCAAGUAUCCAUUUGUCAUUGUUUUGUAUUUAAAAUAUGUAGUACUUUUGAGUAUUUAGUUCCUCUGUAUCUUCCACCUGUCAGAACUCUUCAGUUGACUGCUGACAUCGUUAACUUCCAUUUGAGAGCAUUUGUAUGACAUAAUCCAAAGCAAGUUAAAAUAGGUUUUAAUUAAAAUGGAAAUGAUUUCCCAAAA